GCGGGGACGCGGGACGGCGCGGGCCGGGUGUCGGUGGGGUCGCACCUGUUGCGUCAGUCCCCGGCGGGCCGCUGCGGGGGGCCGCCCCCCGGACACCCAGAGAGCCCGCCCCGCCCCGCCGGGAGCACGUGGCCGGCCCGCCUCUGCUGCGGGGCCGGGGGUCUCCCAGCCAGUGCAGCCGCCCGGGUCCGCCCCCUGCCAGCUGGCAAUUUUGAAAGACCAGCCUUCCUGCCCCCAUCUCGGUGCCAGGGCCGGGGCUCCUGGAGCGACUGGGCUCCAGCUGCCGUCCCCUCCCUCGCGACCCGCGCUUCCCGGCGGUGCAGACCCCGGCUGGCGGCCUCCGGGUCCGCUCCGGGCGCGGCAGCAUGGCCUCGGAGGCUCGGGGUGGGCUGGGGGCCCCUCCGCUGCAGUCUGCCCGGUCCCUGCCAGGCCCCGCCCCCUGCCUCAAGCACUUCCCGCUGGACCUGCGCACGUCUAUGGAUGGCAAAUGCAAGGAGAUAGCCGAGGAGCUGUUCAGUCGCUCCCUGGCUGAGAGCGAGCUCCGCAGCGCCCCCUACGAGUUCCCCGAGGAGAGCCCCAUCGAGCAGCUGGAGGAGCGGAGGCAGCGCCUGGAGCGGCAGAUCAGCCAGGAUGUCAAGCUGGAGCCGGACAUCCUGCUUCGGGCCAAGCAAGACUUCCUGAAGACGGACAGUGAAACGGACCUCCAGCUCUACAAGGAGCAGGCUGAGGGGCAGGGAGACUGGGGCCUGCGGGAGCGCGACGCGGUGCUGGAGCGGGAAUUCCAGCGCGUCUCCAUCUCCGGGGAGGAGAAGUGCGGGGUGGGAGUGAGCCUGGCGGGUGUGAGCCGGAGGGCAGUGCCCGCACGUCCUGGUCUGCAGGUGCCCUUCACAGACCUGCUGGACGCGGCCAAGAGCGUGGUGCGGGCGCUCUUCAUCCGGGAGAAGUACAUGGCGCUGGCGCUGCAAAGCUUCUGCCCCACCACCCGCCGGCACCUGCAGCAGCUGGCGGAGAAGCCUCUGGAGACGCGGACCUACGAGCCGGGCCCCGACACCCCUGUGUCCGCCGAUGCCCCGGUGCACCCCCCGGCGCUGGAGCAGCACCCGUACGAGCACUGUGAGCCGAGCACCAUGCCUGGGGACCUGGGCCUGGGCCUGCGCAUGGUGCGGGGCGUGGUGCACGUCUACACCCGCAGGGAGCCUGAUGAACAGUGCUCAGAGGUGGAGCUGCCGUACCCUGACCUGCAGGAGUUUGUGGCUGACGUCAAUGUGCUGAUGGCCCUGAUUAUCAACGGCCCCAUAAAGUCGUUCUGCUACCGCCGGCUGCAGUACCUCAGCUCCAAGUUCCAGAUGCACGUGCUGCUCAACGAGAUGAAGGAGCUGGCCGCCCAGAAGAAGGUGCCGCACCGAGAUUUCUACAACAUCCGAAAGGUGGACACGCACAUCCACGCCUCGUCCUGCAUGAACCAGAAGCACCUGCUGCGCUUCAUCAAGCGGGCGAUGAAGCGGCACCUGGAGGAGAUCGUGCACGUGGAGCAGGGCCGCGAGCAGACGCUGCGCGAGGUCUUCCAGAGCAUGAACCUCACGGCCUACGACCUGAGCGUGGACACCCUCGACAUGCACGCGGACAGGAAUACCUUCCAUCGCUUUGACAAGUUCAAUGCCAAAUACAACCCCAUCGGGGAGUCUGUCCUCCGAGAGAUCUUCAUCAAGACGGAUAACAGGGUUUCUGGGAAGUACUUUGCUCACAUCAUCAAGGAGGUGAUGUCGGACCUGGAGGAGAGCAAAUACCAGAACGCGGAGCUGCGGCUCUCCAUCUACGGGCGCUCGAGGGACGAGUGGGACAAGCUGGCACGCUGGGCCGUCACGCACCGCGUGCACUCCCCCAACGUGCGCUGGCUCGUGCAGGUGCCCCGUCUCUUUGACGUUUACCGUACGAAGGGCCAGCUGGCCAACUUCCAGGAGAUGCUGGAGAACAUCUUCCUGCCGCUGUUCGAGGCCACCGUGCACCCCGCCAGCCACCCGGAGCUGCACCUCUUCUUGGAGCAUGUGGACGGCUUUGACAGCGUGGAUGACGAGUCCAAGCCCGAGAACCACGUCUUCAACCUGGAGAGCCCCCUCCCCGAGGCGUGGGUGGAGGAGGACAACCCGCCCUACGCCUACUACCUGUACUACACCUUCGCCAACAUGGCCACGCUGAACCACCUGCGCAGGCAGAGGGGCUUCCACACGUUUGUGCUGCGGCCGCACUGCGGGGAGGCCGGGCCCAUCCACCACCUGGUGUCCGCCUUCAUGCUGGCCGAGAACAUCUCGCACGGGCUGCUGCUGCGCAAGGCCCCCGUCCUGCAGUACCUGUACUACCUGGCCCAGAUUGGCAUCGCCAUGUCGCCGCUGAGCAACAACAGCCUCUUCCUCAGCUACCACCGCAACCCGCUGCCCGAGUACCUGUCCCGCGGCCUCAUGGUCUCACUGUCCACCGACGACCCCCUGCAGUUCCACUUCACCAAGGAGCCGCUGAUGGAGGAAUACAGCAUCGCCACCCAGGUGUGGAAGCUCAGCUCCUGCGACAUGUGUGAGCUGGCCCGCAACAGCGUGCUCAUGAGCGGCUUCUCCCACAAGGUGAAGAGCCACUGGCUGGGACCCAACUACACCAAAGAGGGCCCCGAGGGCAACGACAUCCGCCGCACCAACGUGCCCGACAUCCGCGUGGGCUACCGGCACGAGACCCUGUGCCAGGAGCUGGCGCUCAUCACGCAGGCCGUGCAGAGUGAGAUGCUGGAGACCAUCCCGGAGGAGCCGGGCCUCACCAUGAGCCCGGGGCCCCAGUGAGCCCGGCCACGGGUGCCCGCGUCCCAGCGCCUUGACCAUGUUUUGUCCUCGGACCCCCCCACCUGUCGUGGCCUCUGCAUGUGUUCGUUCUCCUCUGUUGCCCUGCAUGUCUCCGUCCUCUGUCUCCGUGCCUCCCCCGGAAGCAAGGCCCAGGAUGCGCUCCGCCCUUUCUUGGCUCAGGUGGCACCCCAUGGCCCAAGUUUGAGGGCCGCCCUAUUGGAGGCCCUGUUCCAAGAUCCUCCGAAGCCUGGCUAGGGCUGGUUGUGGGGGGCUGGCCCCUCCGGCCUUUGGAGUCCUGCCUGGGCAAGUCUGAGCUUUGGCCGGGGGUGGAGUUGAGCCCCCGUCUUGUUUACGUGGCUGAAGUCCAAGGUGGGGCCUGUGCACAUCUGCUGUGGGCACGGGGCUGCCGGGCCUGGGGGCUCGGGCGGGGGUUAGUUAGCUCUGGGCGGAGAGCAGGCGGAGCCCUGGCAUCCUGGGCUUGGGCCUGGCGGCGUGGGACCACCGCCUCUGCCCAGUCGGUGCCCGGCAGCCUUCUCCGUCCUUCUCCCGGGCCCUGUGCUCUGCUGUCCGCUUCCUGGGCCAUGUGUGGGGCCAGUGCCGCUGGAGGCCCCUGGAUCUGCCACCAGCCCUGGGGGUGGCCUCUCCAAUGUCCCUAGAGUUCUGACCAGACCUGAGUCCUGGCUGGUCCCCUGUGCUGUUGUGUGGACUGAGGCCUUCGCUGUGAAAUGCAGUGUUUCGUACAAUCCCGUCCCACCUAGUGCAUGAGAAAUAAAGAGUAUUUAAGUAAAGAGGCAGGUGGGGUCUCUGUGGGGAGAGGGGCAGCCGGGUCCGUGGCUGAGGUCAAGCCAGGAGCACUGGAGGGAAGGACGGGAUUCUUAGGGGAGCGACGGGGCCUGGCCGAUGGGUGUGCUUGUGCACACGGAAACUGGGAGGGAGAAGAGGCCCGUGGGGGGACCCGCCUGCUAUCGCAGGCCUCGUCCAGCCUGGCCCCUCUGAAGGGGACACUGCCCAUCUGCUGCAGCCCCAGGGCACCGCCCGGGAGAUGUGGGCCUGUGCACUGACAAGCAGACCUAGGGGAGCUUGUUUAAAAUGCCACUUCCAGGCCCCACCCUCCAAUCCCAUCCCCAUUCAGCGAGCGAAAGGUGCAGCGUGGAAAGUGAACCAGCUCGGCUUCUGUCCCGUGUUUAACACACAACAUCUGGAGCACCUGCAGGGAGGGAAGUGAGUGUGCCCUGUGCCGGGCAGGGUCCCAGGUUGGCGCCGAGAAGUCUGUCCCUGCUGCUGAUUGGGGCGGAUGACGGGCUGGCUGUUUCGGAAGCAAUUAGCCCGAGAACAGCGCGAUCCGAGUAAUUGAAGGCCUGGUGAAAGCUGGCUUCCUCCUCCCCUCUUGUCAGCUUGCUUGGCCCAGCCUGCGGCAUCUGUGCCAGCCACCUCCUGGCAUGACACUCGCCCAGUGUCCCCGGCAGAAGCUCUCCUCGUGCCCUUGCCUCCGGAGGGCCCCUGGAGGCCAGGCCUGCUCCUGGCCAAGACCCAGGUCCUCCAGUCUCCAGAAGGCUCGUGUCGGUUUCCUGUCGCCGCGUCAGGGCUGGCUGAGGAGCUAGAGGCUGGACAGCUCCGGCUCAUUUCUGUUGGGGAAACAGCAGGUGCAAGUGGCCUGUGGUAGAACCGGUACUGGAGGCCCGGGGAGCUCAGCACCCAGGCUCCUCCACCCCACGCUGGGUCCCCUCUGCCUGAAGGACGCUGCUGUUCCAGGCUGAGGGGGGCUCCUUUCCAAGGCGUUCCAUCCCUUUAAUAACAACGUGCUCGGUCUUCUCUUUGCAAAACAAGGGAGCAGGAUUGGAGGAUCUUUCUAGAAGGUUCCUUGGAAGGAAGAAUUGCCUGCUUCGUGUGCCAGCAUCAGGACAGCAAGGACUCCAUGUUUACUCACUGGGUUUGUCAUGUGAUAGAAGCCUUCAUGCCAUUUUCUCGUCCUCUGUACAGUCUUCUCGUGUGUGCGGAGACCCAGCCCUGAGAACACUACCAAUUCCAAGCGUUUCUUUGCAAGCUCCCCACUUUUUUUUU